UGUGCUUUCUCCUGUUGUGGCCUCUCAAUGAUCACAGAGCAGUUAGUGUUGACCACCAUUAGACAGGAGUCUUCUGAACUGCAAGACCCAGACCUGGGUUCUACCAUGUGUGCCCACUUCACAGACAGGUUUGACAAAAGACCUGCUUGCUCGUCCUCCGGAUACCGCAAGGCAGAUGAUGAGAUGUCCGGAACCACGUCCCAGGCGGAUCCCGUAGACGCCACUGCGCGGACAGUGCUUCUCAACCGGCAACAGACUACCAAGUUUUGCGACAACCACGUCAGCACCACCAAAUAUGGGAUUCUCACCUUUUUGCCACGGUUUCUGUAUGAACAGAUUCGAAGAGCUGCCAAUGCCUUCUUCCUCUUCAUUGCACUUAUGCAGCAAAUCCCGGAUGUAUCGCCGACUGGUCGUUACACCACCCUAGUCCCACUUAUCUUCAUACUCACAGUAGCUGGUAUCAAAGAAAUCAUAGAGGAUUACAAAAGACACAAAGCUGACAAUACAGUUAACAAGAAGAAAACAACAGUGCUGCGGAACAGAACUUGGCAGACUAUUAUCUGGAAACAGGUGGCAGUAGGAGACAUAGUGAAGGUGACGAAUGGCCAGCAUCUGCCUGCUGACAUGGUCAUAGUGUCAUCCAGUGAGCCACAGGCUAUGUGCUACAUAGAAACUUCAAAUUUGGAUGGGGAAACUAACCUGAAGAUCAGACAAGGUCUCCCUCUGACCACUAGUCUUCAGACUCUUGAAGAUUUGGUUGCACUAGCUGGUCGAUUAGAGUGUGAAGGCCCAAAUCGACAUUUGUAUGACUUUUCCGGCAGAUUGCAACUUGAAAACCAAAAUCCAGCUCCACUGGGACCAGACCAAGUCUUACUUCGUGGAGCGCAGCUAAGAAACACACAGUGGGUUGUAGGAAUAGUUGUGUACACCGGUCAUGACUCUAAAUUAAUGCAGAACUCUACCAAAGCCCCUCUAAAGCGCUCAAAUGUGGAGCGUGUGACCAACAUGCAGAUCUUGGUUCUGUUUGGCAUCCUUCUGGUAAUGGCUCUGAUCAGCUCAGUAGGUGCUGCCAUCUGGAACAAAGAACACACUGAAGAAUCCUGCUGGUACUUGUCUCGGGCAGGCGACAUCUCCACUAACUUUGCAUAUAAUCUCCUGACAUUUAUUAUAUUGUACAACAACUUGAUCCCAAUUAGUCUACUGGUCACUCUUGAAGUGGUUAAGUUUACACAGGCUCUCUUCAUCAAUUGGGAUGUUGAAAUGUACUAUGCAGAAACUGAUACACCUGCUAUGGCACGGACAUCCAAUCUAAAUGAGGAGCUUGGCCAGGUGAAAUAUCUCUUUUCUGACAAGACUGGGACAUUAACAUGCAAUGUUAUGCACUUUAAGAAGUGUACUAUUGCUGGAAUCACAUAUGGUCAUUUCCCAGAUCUUGACUGUGAUCGGUCAAUGGAGGACUUUAGCAACCUACCUUCCAAUAGCCAUAACUCCACUGAGUUUGAUGACCCUGCUCUCAUUCAAAACAUAGAGAACCAUCCUACGUCACCACAAAUCUGUGAAUUUCUAACAAUGAUGGCAGUGUGCCAUACAGUGGUUCCUGAGAGGGAAGACAACCAGAUCAUCUACCAGGCAUCUUCUCCUGAUGAAGGGGCCCUAGUAAAAGGAGCUAAAGGACUAGGCUUUGUCUUUACAGUCAGAACACCACAUUCUGUCAUCAUUGAUGCUAGAGGAAAGGAGAUGAGUUAUGAGCUGCUAAAUGUGUUGGAGUUUUCCAGUAACCGCAAGAGGAUGUCUGUGGUGGUUAGGACUCCUAGUGGGAAGCUACGCUUAUACUGCAAAGGAGCUGAUAAUGUCAUAUUUGAACGCCUUACUGAAGCAUCUCAGUACAAAGAUCUGACUGUUGUUCACCUCGAACAGUUUGCUACUGAAGGUUUGAGAACCUUGUGUUUUGCUUAUGUGGACCUAGAGGAAGAAGCCUAUCAGCAGUGGCUAAAAGAAUACAAUCAGGCUAGCACAGUUCUCAAGGACAGAGCACAGAAACUAGAGGAAUGCUACGAACUCAUAGAGAAGAACCUAAUGCUGCUGGGUGCCACAGCCAUAGAAGACCGUCUCCAGGCUGGUGUGCCAGAGACUAUUGCCACUCUGAUGCGAGCUGACAUCAAGAUCUGGGUCCUCACCGGGGACAAACAGGAAACGGCUAUCAACAUUGGUUACUCUUGUCGCCUGAUAACGCAUGGCAUGUCCCUCAUCAUUGUCAAUGAGGACUCUCUGGAUGCAACUCGAGCUACACUGACGACCCACUGUUCAUCUCUGGGGGACUCGCUGAGGAAAGAAAAUGAGCUGGCGUUGAUCAUCGAUGGUCAAACCUUAAAGUAUGCUCUGUCAUUUGAACUACGACAAAACUUUCUGGACCUGGCUCUGUCCUGUAAAGCUGUCAUCUGCUGCAGGGUGUCACCACUGCAGAAGUCUGAAAUCGUGGACAUGGUGAAAAAGCACGUCAAAGCCAUCACCUUAGCGAUAGGCGACGGUGCCAAUGAUGUGGGCAUGAUCCAGACAGCUCAUGUGGGAGUGGGCAUCAGCGGCAACGAGGGCAUGCAGGCCACAAACUCCUCUGACUACUCCAUUGCACAGUUUUCCUAUUUGGAGAAGCUGCUGCUAGUGCAUGGAGCGUGGAGCUACAACCGGGUCACCAAGUGCAUCCUGUACUGUUUCUAUAAGAAUGUGGUCCUCUAUAUUAUUGAGCUCUGGUUUGCUUUUGUCAAUGGGUUCUCCGGACAGAUUCUGUUUGAACGCUGGUGCAUAGGUCUCUAUAAUGUGAUUUUCACUGCACUGCCCCCAUUCACACUGGGGAUAUUUGACCGGCCGUGCAGUCAGCAAAACAUGCUCCGGUUUCCUCAACUCUACAGAAUUACCCAGAAUGCCGAGGGUUUCAACACUAAGGUAUUCUGGGGGCACUGUAUCAAUGCACUGAUCCAUUCAAUUAUUCUAUUCUGGUUCCCUCUCAAAAUGUUAGAACAUGACUCCCCUUUCCCAAAUGGACAAGGAAAUGACUACUUGUUUGCUGGAAAUAUGGUGUACACCUAUGUGGUUGUAACUGUGUGUCUAAAAGCUGGGAUGGAGACCACCGCGUGGACCAGGUUUUCCCACUUGGCUGUGUGGGGAAGCAUGAUCCUGUGGAUGCUGUUCUUUGCUGUGUACUCAGCCAUCUGGCCCAAGAUCCCCAUUGCCCCGGAUAUGCUGGGACAGGCUGGCAGAGUGAUGCAGUGCUGGCACUUUUGGCUGGGCCUGAUUCUAGUGCCUACUGCGUGUUUACUCAAAGACUUUGCUUGGACCGCCAUGCGGCGCACUGUGAAGAAGUCACUACUCGAGGAGGUGCAGGAGCUAGAGGCCAGGGCUGUGGAUCCAGGGGCAGCUGUUCUCAGGGAUGCCAGCGGCCGAAGUCUAAACGAACGGGCCCAUCUGCUGACAAGAGUCUUUAGAAAAACACCUUCAAACAUGGGACGCUCUAACUCGGUGCAGCAGACUGUGUCACAUGGAUACGCCUUCUCUCAGGAGGAGCAUGGUGUGGUAUCCCAGUCCCAGGUGGUGCGCUCCUAUGACACCACGCAGCAGCGCCCCAGCCUCUAACCUGCUCCCCUCUUUGUAGCAACACAUCCCGGCGACAUCAGACUUCUGUCACCUUCUCGCCGAGUGACUGACCCUGCCGUGGCCUUAACGGACAAUGAACUGACCUCAGAACAGAUUGUCAGAUGCAGAGGCCAUUGCAGAGCAUGGAGGGCUGAUCUGAGAGAAGGGAAUAGUAUAUCCUGUUUAUGUUACAUGAGCUGCACUGGCAUGAGCAAUCCUAUUCAUACACUGAUAUAAGUCGAGCCAAGAGACUGCUUCUCAUAUUUACGCACAAAUUGGUGUCUGCGUGUGUCUGUGCAGGGCAUUCCUCUCCGCAUGAGUGUCUGCACGCAUAUACCGCUGUCUGUUCUAUGUACGUCCAUUGGAACCUCUCAUCUUGUGAACUUUAGUUUAAAAUAAAUUGUCAUCCCCUGUUUGACAUCAUAAUGAACCGUUUGUCCAAUCCAGCAUGUGCGCACACACACUCGCAGACUUGAAGGCGCAUCACCUUUUAAAUACUAAGAGAACAUGGACAUGAGGAUGGCUGGAGCCUUCUGUCCCAUAGCAGCAGCGAGCCUCACUGCCAAACACUACAAAGAUGUCACUGAGGCAGAACGCCGACCGGACCCCCAUCCUGGCCCCCUCCUAACCCUCUGGGACCUCCAUACUCUUCACAGGAGCAACCUCUACCAACCUCUGUCUCAACAUGCUGCUCAUCUGCUGGCCAGUUUUAAACCACUACAUUAACACUUGUUUUAUUCUGUGACCACUCCUGUGAUUACUGAUGCUGCAUCGUCAUGAGGCUUCCUCAUUUUUGGUUUUCCUGGAUUCCCUAUUAAAUUAUUUUUUAUUAAAAGGACAUCUGUAUGUGUUUAUAAGUUUGUCUCUUUUGAAUAAUGCCUGUUUUUGUACUACUCAGACACAUCCUGGAGGGAAUAUUUUACUUGAAUUUGUGCUAAUAGGCUCUCUGCAUCAUGUGUUUCUGUUUCACUCUGGAGGUCAUUGUCUAGCUGCUGCCUGUUGAGAAGUGAACACUAAAGGAGAUGUAAGGGGGGGUUGUCCAUCCAAUUCCUAAUUAUUAAAUUUAAUCAA